UUUCUUUAUUUCAAUGGCAUUUAGACGGAUUUACGAAGACUUUAAAGAUGCAAGGGGAAGUGAUGUUGAGCUUUUUGUAAGAGAUGUACAAGUGCACGACGCAAUGAAUGGAGCAUUUUCUUUUGUUUACAGAGCAACAAUUAAUAAAGUUUUGGAGGAUGGUACUGAUGAAGAGCCUUCACAACUGGUCGCAAUAAAACGAACAAAUAUUCUAAAAGCUAAGGAUUUUCGCGAGUUACACAUUCUUCGUCGUUUGUCCUCUCAUCGUCAACCACAUCCGAAUAUUGCAAAUUUAAUGUAUUAUCAACGACGGGAAGUUAUGGUCGAGGCUGCUUAUAGUUUAGUCUUCGAAUUUGUUCCCGCAACAUUAGCUCAACUUAAAACUGAGUAUUUCGAAAAUAGAAAUGUGCUCGAUAUAAAGCUUUGUAUGUGGCAAUUAUUCGCGGGAUUGGAUCACCUUAAGAAGCUAAACAUAAUUCAUCGAGAUAUCAAGCCAACAAAUUUAUUAGUUAAUCCAACGUCAGGACGUCUUACAAUUGCCGAUUUUGGAUCAGCUAUCUAUUUGCCUCGUUAUAUUAAUCGAUACCAACUAAAUUAUAUUGUUGAUAGAUUCUAUCGCCCUCCAGAGCUUAUCUUGGGAGCUGAACGCUACGACUGUUUGUUAGAUGUGUGGUCGGCCGGUUGUGUAUUUGCUGAACUCUAUUUGGGUGAAGCACUUUUCAAAGGCAACAGCCAAAUAAACCAAUUACAAUUCAUUUAUACUAAACUCGGCACACCUACUGUUCAUGACUUAAAGUGUAUGCGUGUUGAUGUUGACACUUUUAUACCGGCUGUUAAAUCUCAAGCUGUUAAUCCAUUUCAAGAGCUUUUUACGGUAUGUAAAUAUAUUCGUCAAUUCGUUGAAAAAGCUUUUCUCUGA